CUGUCCAAUAAAACUGCUGGCGCUAACAAAGUACUUCUGAGUCGAUUCAAAUCUUCUGUCAAGCAACUGCAGGCUAGAAGGGGAAAUGCCACCUCUCUGAUGAUAGACGACCCACCCAAAGAAAACGGAGCGACUUGUCAUUGCUUUAUAGACUACAAGAAGAGAACAUCUCAGAAGUGGAGUCUCAUCUGAAAUCAAAGGAGUUAAAGAAAAAGUGGAAUUUUUCUUCAGCAAGUUGUGAAACUAAAUCCACAACCUUUGGAGACCCAGGAACACCCUCCAAUCUCUGUGUGCUUUGUAAACAUCACUGGAGAAUCCUCUGGGCUGGCAAUUGGAUUGUCACCACCCUGCCUGUUUUGUGCCUGGGAAGUGCCCUGGUCUUGCUUGGCUCCAAAUUGUUGGCUUUCACUUUUGACCCGAAGCAUCUGAAGUCAUGGGCCACACAUGGAGGCAGGGAAUAUCACCAUCCAAGUGUCCAUACCUCAAGUUCUUUCAGCUCUUGGUGCUGGCUUGUCUUUCUCAUUUCUGUUCAGGUGUUAUCCACGUGACCAAGGAAGUGAAAGAAGUGGCAACGCUGUCCUGUGGUCACAAUGUUUCUGUUGAAGAGCUGGCACAAACUCGCAUCUACUGGCAAAAGGAGAAGAAAAUGGUGCUGACUAUGAUAUCUGGGGACAUGAAUAUAUGGCCCGAGUACAAGAACCGGACCAUCUUUGAUAUCACUAAUAACCUCUCCAUUGUGAUUCUGGCUCUGCGCCCAUCUGACGAGGGCACAUACGAGUGUGUUGUUCUGAAGUAUGAAAAAGAUGCUUUCAAGCGAGAACACCUGGCUGAAGUGAUGUUAUCCGUCAAAGCUGACUUCCCUACACCUAGUAUAACUGACUUUGAAAUUCCACCUUCUAACAUUAGAAGGAUAAUUUGCUCAACCUCUGGAGGUUUUCCAGAGCCUCACCUCUCCUGGUUGGAAAAUGGAGAAGAAUUAAAUGCCAUCGACACAACAGUUUCCCAAGAUCCUGAAACUGAGCUCUAUACUGUUAGCAGCAAACUGGAUUUCAAUAUGACAACCAAUCACAGUUUUGUGUGUCUCAUCAAGUAUGGACAUUUAAGAGUGAAUCAGACCUUCAACUGGAAUACACAUGUUGCUAACUAUUCUUCAAAGCAGCUGAAGAAUAAACAGUGUAGCUGCUGCUCCUGAUCUGGAGGCAUGGACCAGCAGCACCAUAUCCACCAACACCUUUCUCCUCCCCACCCUCAUCCUUCCUGUGUACUUCUUGUGCUCUGUGGGACUGAAACUACAGCUGAUAACCUUCAGAGCUCUCUUCUAGGAUGGUCCCACCUAAUACCAAGCCAUAUCCACACUUAGUUCUUUGCUGGACUUGUUCUGUAUUUCCAGUAGCUCUAGGCUAGAGGGUGAAAAACCUGUAUCCGAAAGUGAAUGCAAAGUGGCUCCUGCAGCUUUAGGGCAGCUACUGUGAGGUAAGGAUGUGUGUGAUGUGUAUGUGUUGACAGACAAUAUGGUAGGAGAAAGGGAGAAGGCAUGACAGAGCUAGAGAAGGAAAAAUAAAGUAUACAUAGAACACAACAUCAACCAGUUAGUAGUAAUACAUAGUUAUAAUCAGCUAUAAAAGUGAGAUAUUACAAGAUGGCUUGUAAAAGAUUUCCUUAAAAUCUUCCUUAUAUCAACUUAACUCAGUAAAUGCAGACAUUCAAAGUGCCUUUUUCACUUUUAGUAUCUGACAUCUGAAUAUUAGUUGCCCACAAGUAUGUGCCUGAUUGAAGAAUUAUGCAAGAAAAAUGCUAGCAGCUGCAUACUGGAGAGGUGACCAGACAAAGAAUACUCCACAGUUACAUCAAUAGAAAAGGCACAGAAUGAAUAUCAGGCAGUAGGAAACACAUUACAGCUGACAUUAUUCUUUUCCCUCCACAGCCAAGCAAGAGCAUUUUCCUGAUAACCUGCUCCCAUCCUGGGCCAUUACCCUAAUCUCAGUAAAUGGAAUUUUUGUGAUAUGCUGCCUGA